AUGGCCACUCUGAACCUGUCCACUAACGGGCCAUCGAUAGCGAAGAGCUACCAAGCUGUCAUCGACUCAUCUCUGCCAAGCUCGGGUUCCCCUACUUACGGGCAAUGGGUCAUCUUUUCAGUUGCCACCCCUUUGAUCAAUGCUUUCCAGAAGGAUUCCGGCAAUAAGGAGAGUGUUUUGAAGGUCCAGGAUACUGGAGCCGGUGAAUUGUUGGACCUGGUUGACGAGUUCUCCGAGGGCAAAAUACAAUUCGCAUUCGUAAAGGUCCUCGACCCGAACUCUGGACUUCCCAAGAACGUGCUGAUUGCCUGGUGCGGGGAGGGGGUGCCGGAACGUACCAAGGGAUACUUCACCAGUCACCUCGCCGCUGUUUCUAAGUUUCUGCAUGGCUACCAUGUGCAGAUCACUGCUCGCUCCGAGCAAGACCUUACCGCGGAGGGCAUAAUACAGAAAGUGGGAGACGCUUCUGGGGCGAGGUAUACCCCGGGGUUAGAUAGGAUGCCUACCUCCACCCCAAAGCCCCCGGUAUCCACUAAGCCCGUCUUUACACCCACACGCGCUGGUGGCAUUACUGCAAAUAAUCCAACGGGUAAUGCGCAGCGAGCAUCAGCAAGGGGUGGUGAUGAUGGCUGGGGUCCUGAUGCACCACCAGUCACUAGGACGGGCCUCGAAAAGGUUCAGUCAGCUUACAAACCCACUAAGGUGAAUCUUCAAGAACUCAAGGCUGAAGCGCAGUCUAACUCCAGCACCUUCAUCGCUCAAGACGGUGGAGACCGUGGCGAAGUCGUCAAAGGUGGCUAUACGCCUGUUGGGAAGGUUGACAUUGCCGCUAUAAGAAGACAAGCACGCGAAGCCGGAGAUCUGGCUGAUGAUCGUCCCGAGCCUGUGAAAGGCGCAUACCAGCCAAUUGGGAAGGUUGACAUUGCUGCUAUCCGGGCCAAAGCACAGGGUGCACUCAACACCCCCACCGACGAGUAUACCCCUGCCAAGGGAAGUCCGGUCCCGCAAACGGCUGGGCUUGCAAAGCCGUCAGAUACAGCUUCUGUCGCAAGCCAAUAUGAACGCCUAACGAGCUUGCCAAAACCCAAAGUCGCAAAAUCCAUAACCGCCAAUUCCACAUUUGUCGGAACGAAACCCCCCCUUCCCGACCAGAAUACUAAGGCUGCGGCACCAUUAGUGGGUAGUGCUAGCCGUACGUUUGCCGACGAAGGAGGCAAGACACCGGCGCAACUCUGGUCAGAGCGUAAGGCUAGGGAAAGUGGUCCAGCUUUCAACACAAUUUCUACCAAAUUACCGGUCAUUGAGACAGGUGCACCAAUUCAGAAGGAUGACGAGGAAUCACAGAGCGACGCAACUACGGUCAACCCCUUUCCUGUACACGCCGCGGGAACUGGGGCUCUGUCACAGAUUACCGCUCUUCCUUUACGUACGGCAGGGCCGGGUCAUGAUCCAGAUAAUGAGACUGCUCCGCAAAACACAAACAUCGAUCUUGGCUACACAACUCACGACGUGUCUGGGGGCUUGCACAACGUGAAGGGAACUGUUCCGACCACUAGUGGCACCAUAUCUGUACCAGAUUCCCCGGAAUUUGCCCCAGUGACCAAGACAGGAGAAUCACAUACUACUGCAGGCUUCGAGCCGCUUCCUACUCCACCUCAGCAGCCUCGGUCUCCGACCCCCCCAACUCCACCAGUACCAGAGCGUGAGCUCUCACCCAUACGUGUGGCCGCCCCGGUUGGUAAAGAGGUGACGGAUGUUCACAACGAGCAGCAAUCACCACCUCCUGCAAUUCCUACCGCGAGCUUGCAGCAGGCGUUGCCCAAAGAGGAUGAUUUGGACGACGAUGCACACGAUAUUGGUCGUGCAACGGCUGAGGCUACCGUUACUGACGACGCGCAGCAAACAGUCGUUCAGGCGGUGGUGCUUUACGACUAUGAGAAAGCAGAAGACAAUGAGAUUGAAUUGAAAGAAGGCGAGCAUGUCAACGAUAUCGAGAUGGUUGAUAAGGACUGGUGGUUAGGAUCGAAUAUUCAAGGUGAAAGAGGCCUGUUUCCAAGCAACUAUGUGGAAAUCGUCACGAAUCCAUCGCAGUCCCGCAAUCUAGGUGACCAUCAGGUCCCCACGGUCGAAGGAGGCCAGUCUUUGCUUGAUGCUGAAGUUGCUCCAUCCACUACCACUGAGGCAUCUAGCGAACCUUCUGCAAUCGCAUUGUACGACUAUGAGGCUGCGGAAGACAAUGAACUGAGCUUCCCAGAGGGCGCCAAAAUAACCCAUAUUGAGUUUCCCGAUGAUGAUUGGUGGCUCGGUCGGUACAAUGGAAAAUCAGGCCUGUUCCCUGCAAACUAUGUGCAGCUUGGAAAUUGA